AUGAAGAAAACUAAUGCUACUAAUAUAGUUCUCCUUUUUUGCAAAAAUAACUAUGAAGAAUCAUUUAGUAAAAAUUCCGAUCUGAUCAACUCCUUAGGUUUAAGAAAUUGUAGAUUGUUAAAGUCAGAAAAAGAAGUACAAGCAAUCUAUCCACCACAUGAUGAUUUACUUUUAAAAAAAGGAUCAAUUGAUUCAUUAAUUGAUGAUGAUAUUAUCUUAAAAAACCGAAUAAAUUAUUUAAUUAAGGAUAGCUCAUUUAAAAGUGGAUAUGAUUCAUUAAUGCAGGGUAACGCCUUUCAAAAACAAUUUAAUGAAAUUAUAAAAAAAGGAAAUUCAAAAAUAGAUGGUGGUGUAAUGAAAAAUUUAAACCUUAACGAAUUUUAUGAAUCAAUGGAAACUAUUAAUGAUUUAAAAAAAAACAACAAAAAAAAUAAAAAACUAUCACAUGUAGCAAAAAAUAAAAAUCAUGAUAAUUUAAACGGAUCAGAAAUGCUUCAAAAAAUGGUUCACCGAGCUCUUCAACAAGAAAAACCUAAAAAAGGGUUUAUGAAACAAUUAUAUGAUUUAGACAAAAAAUUUGAGGCUGAAAUGUUACGUGCAAUGAAAAACAAUACAUCAGAUACUGGUUUCCAUGAAUGUAGAUUUAAAACUGGGUACGAAAAAUUCCUAGCGUUUUUGGACAAAGCUAAAAUAUUUAUACCUCCAACGGUAAACAUGAUGAUUUUAAUGUUAAUGUUGCCUAUUGUUUCAUAUAUAGGACCGAUUUUUGGAUUAGCUGCUUUUACGUUUAGUGUUAUGACGAUUUACUAUGUAUACAAAUUUUGUAAGAUGAAGAAGGUGCAUAGGGAUUACAAAAUAAUGAACAAAAGCAAAAACUUUAAAGUAAAAGCAUUAAAACAAAAACUUCACAGAAAAAAAAAUAUAUAA